AUGAACAAUUUCGCUGACGAUUAUGCUGAAUUUUCGUCGGUGGAAAAUGCAAAUGUGAAUAAUAAUAUCAGUAAUGUCCAUUUCACGGUGGAUGAGUUGUUGGAUUUUUCCCGGGAGGAUGAGACGAUGACCGACGCGUUUUUUGACAGUUUGGCGGGGAAUGCCAGUGAUUCGUCGAUUGUGGUUGAUAGUUGCAAUUCGUCGAUUUCCGGUGGUGGCGUUGGCCAGUUUAAUGGUAACAUUAGCUGCGGUAGCGUCACCGACUCUCAAUUCUCCGCCGCCGAACUCUACGUUCCGUAUGAUGAUUUAGAAGAGCUGGAAUGGCUAUCAAAUUUCGUAGAGGAAUCAUUCUCAAGCGAUGACCUUCACAAACUCGACUUCAUUACUACCAACACCACUAAAACCACCGCCGUCGCUGCCGUCACUGACAACUCCUCAUCUUCUGUCACCACAACCGUUACUUCCACCAUUCAUUCGCCGCCGCCUCCCAUUUUCCCCUCCGAUGUCGGCGUCCCUGGCAAAGCCCGCAGCAAACGCUCACGUGCCGCUCCCUGCAACUGGUCCUCCCGCCUUCUCCUCCUUGCCCCUCCCCCUGCUCCUUCCAGUAACAAUAAUAUCAGUAUUAGUUCAAACACCAAACCUUUGAAAACGACAUCGUUUAAGCGACGGGAACUGACAGAGACUCCGGGACGGAAAUGCGUCCAUUGCGCAUCAGAAACGACCCCACAAUGGAGAACCGGCCCAAUGGGCCCAAAAACAUUAUGCAAUGCAUGUGGAGUCCGUUACAAAUCGGGUCGACUCGUACCAGAAUACCGACCCGCUUCGAGUCCCACUUUUGUGUCCUCUAGGCAUUCGAAUUCCCACCGUAAGGUUCUGGAGCUCCGAAGACAAAAGGAACUGAUGGGUCAAGUCCAUAUUUUCAAUGCAUCCAACGGCUCUCAUGAUCAGAAAGCUGAUGGCUGUGACGAUAUCAUGCAAAUGAUAUAG